AAGCAGCAAUGCAAUGCAAAAGGCCCCUUGUAUUUAAAUACCAAACACUGACACACACAAACGACGCAUCCAUUCUCUCUCUCUCUCUCUCUCUCUCUCUCUCUCUCUCCCUCGUCGGCUUCACUUUCUCUCUCCUCUUCGAUCCCAAAUCUACUAGGGGCUCGUAUGCGAUGCGAUUCUGAGCUUGUAGAUCCGUGUCGAGGUUUCGUCUCCCUGAUUUUUUUGUAAUUCCUUUCCUGCCCCUAUCAGGAAAAUUGUAAAAGAGAAAAAUGGACCAUGAAAAGACUGAAUGCCAAGCUCCUCCAGAGAGUCCCAUGUUGUGCAUCAACAACUGUGGAUUUUUUGGAAGUGCAGCUACCAUGAACAUGUGUUCUAAGUGCCACAAAGACAUGGUGCUGAAACAGGAGCAGGCCAAGCUUGCAGCAACCUCCAUCGGAAAUAUUAUGAAUGGAUCAUCAAGCAGCAUUGAAACUGAGCCGACUGAACCUGUUGUUGCUGCCAGCGUGGAUAUCCCAGUUAUUUCAGUAGAGCCUAAAACUAUCUCUUCACAACCUGUAUUUGGUUUUGGUUCUGGUUCAGGGGAGAGUGGUGAGGAAAAGCCAAAAGAUGGUCCUAAACGUUGUAGCAGCUGCAAUAAACGGGUUGGUUUGACAGGGUUUAACUGUCGAUGUGGUCAUCUUUUCUGUGCUGUACAUCGCUACUCAGACAAGCACGAUUGCCCAUUCGAUUACCGCACCGCUGCACGGGAUGCCAUUGCUAAAGCAAACCCCGUUGUGAAGGCUGAGAAGCUUGAUAAGAUCUAAGAUCUGAUGUCUUGAUGUUUCAUGCCCUGAGAUGAUGUUAUGCUCAAAUUCAUCAUGCCCAAGUUUCCUGCACAUUUUAUUGGUGUUCUUAUUAUAUUGUUAUAUGUGUGGUGAGGGACUUGGUGUUAUAGGACAUCUCUGCAAGUUGAAGUACUCUUUCAUGUGAUUGGCGAAAAUAUAUAUGUUGGCCCUGGUGUUAAGUUUUUAAAUCUGUGCUGGUGUGGUGGAUGUUGGUGUUAGCUUUGUAAUGCAUCUAUUCUGUUUCAGGAUGGUAUUUGCGAUUUACAGAUGAUUUCAAGAGCAUCCGUGGACAUGUGGUUAGAUUGUAAUUAUUCUGGGCUAUCUAUGAUUUUCUUUGGAUCUUGUAAACAAUGGGAUUUAUCAUUAUCUAGGUUUCAGUUCAAUUUGAAGUACAAAAUAAACGGUUUUUAUA